AUGACCUCGUCACUCGACUCAAUGACGAGAUCAGGCUUCAACCGGACUCCAUCGCUCGAGGAGACUAUGCCAGAGAAUCUCUGCACUAAGGUUGGUGAGGGCGUCACUGUAGGAAAGUUCUACCACGAAGUCGACGUCUCCUCGGGCAUCACUAGGGAGCCUCGUCCGGAGGAUGUGUUCGUUGUCACAUAUUUUUCUCGCAGUGGAGGAGACUUGGCGCAAACAAUCAUUCACAACAUUCUCCGGGGGACACAACCUCCAUCGGCACUUAAGGUACCCCAGCCAAUGCAAGUUCAGGGAAGACCGGCGAGCGUCCUCACCCACCUUCCCUUCGGCCUCACUUUUCGCUCGGACAGGGCGAAAUAUAUCUAUAUAGCGCGUAACCCGUAUCACUGCAGCGUUUUGUUCUACGAACAGACAUUGAAUUACGAAGAAAAUAGCACCGAGGAUGCGCUCGAAGGGUUUCCGGGGUUUUUCGAAGACUUCAUAAAUGGUGACGCCCCGUGCGGCGAUUAUUUGGGCGACGUUUUGUCGUGGUACGAAAGGAGGUUCGACGACAACGUCCUAUUUCUUACUUACGAGGAACUGGUUGACGAACUGAAAACUACCGUUCUCAGGAUCGCCGAUUUCUUGGACGAAGAAGGCGAGCACGGCCAGAAGCUGAGGCGCAACCGGAAGCUGCUCGAGAAGAUAUGCGCCGAAAUACGGUGUCACGUUGAUCAAGAGUCAGCGCAGAGAGUCACCACGCUGAAAGAGGCUACCGUCGCAGAGGACUGCGCUAGACCGCAUCGGGAUGACCGACUGCGGAAAUCGAACCUUGUCGUCGCGAGGCAACUGCUGCUCGAGAACAUCGAAGAAGGAAAGCCGCAACGCAGCAUCAGUGCCAUCUUUACGCUCGACAUGGUGAACCAACUGCAGCACCGCGUCAAAGCAGUCGCCGGUGGCAACUGCCGUGUUGUGCAGCUGUGGAGGAACUGCGAUUGA